UUAACAGAUGUUGAAAGUGGUACAAUCAAAUCGGUCAAAUCAAUGUUUCCUAAUGUACUUCAUAAAGGCAUAACUAUUUAUUUAUCUUUCUUAAAAGUAAUUAUGUUUCCUUUUUAGGUUGCUCAUUUCACUUUGGACAGUGUAUAUGGAGAGAAGUACGAUCACAAGGAUUACAAAAUCGACAUGUUAAUGAUGACGAUUUUAGAUUAAAUGUUAAAAAACUGAUGGCAUUAGCCUUUGUACCUGUUCAUGAUGUUGUUCGAGCUUACACAACAAUUGUAGCCAAUUUCGACGAUGCUGCAGACAGACUGCAUGAAUAUUUUGACAAGGUUUGUAUUGAGGAGAAGAAGACACAAAGUAGUGCAAGAAAAAAACCACAGUUUGCUCACCAAUUAUGGAAUGUAUAUGAUCGUGUUGUUCAUAAUUCACCACGAUCAAACAAUGCAGUAGAAGGAUGGCACCAUGUAUUUGCUAAUCGCGUAUCGAUUGUUCAUCCAUCAGAUACAAAACUAGCGGAUCGAAUUCGAUGGGAACAAUCACGGUAUGAAAUUCAAAUUGAAAGACUUGAUCAAGGUUGA